CCUCCUCAGCUGAUGGCGUUUGUAGCAGAAGAGAGGAAGCGCUACACGGUCUAUCCGCCCCCCGAGCAAGUCUUCACCUGGACGCAGAUGUGCGACAUCAGGGACGUAAAAGUUGUCAUUUUGGGACAAGAUCCGUAUCACGGACCUAACCAAGCUCAUGGGCUCUGUUUCAGCGUCCAGAAGCCUGUUCCUCCUCCCCCCAGCUUAGAAAAUAUUUACAAAGAGCUGUCUACAGAUAUUGAGGACUUCACUCAUCCUGGUCACGGUGAUCUAACUGGCUGGGCCAAGCAGGGAGUGCUCCUACUCAACGCCGUCCUGACGGUGCGAGCCCACCAGGCCACCUCGCACAAGGAGAGAGGCUGGGAGCAGUUCACGGACGUGGUGGUGUCCUGGCUCAACAAGAACUUGCACGGGGUUGUCUUCAUGCUGUGGGGAGCCUACGCCCAGAGGAAAGGCAGCUCCAUUGACAGGAAACGCCACCACGUCCUGCAGACGGUUCACCCCUCGCCCCUCUCUGUCAACAGAGGGUUUUUCGGCUGUCGGCAUUUCUCGAAGACGAAUGAAUUGCUCAAGAAAUCCGGCAAGAAGCCCGUUGACUGGCGAGCGCUCUGA